AUGACCAAAAAGAAAAAUGACUUUCACUCAUGCAGCUUAGUUCAAGCUUACGAUACGGGUGAGAAUGACGAAGUAAAGGAUGAAAUCGAUAUUAUUGUCAACACUUACGAGAAUGUCCGCGUGUCGGGCAAGAGCGUGGCACACUACCGAGUGCUUGUUCCACUUGCAUCCGAAAUCCGCCCGAGCAGGCGCGUCACACUGGAGAUCCGUGUGAUACCUGGGUAUCCGUAUGUGGCACCGGCCAUCAGUCUUUUGUUUCCGCCCGGAGUGCAACCCGGGUGUGAGGGUACGCUGUCGGAGUACGAGGUGAAACAGAUGGCCAAGGAAGUGUUGAACAACAUUCAGCCGUGUCUCCCUAGCGGUAUGCCCUGCAUGAUGCAAAUCGUCUCUACCGUGGCCACCAUUGUAGAAUGCGGCAUCGAUCCACCGUCGCAGCAGCAGAACAGAAAGGCGCAGGGUGAGGCAAAUGUGCCCAGUGCGGGUCAGUCGCUAUCACUAACGCCAGUUCCGUUGAAAGCGAAGGAAGCGUUAAGGCUCAGCCUGUUUGCAUUUCACCUACUGAAGAAAUGCUGUCACAUGAAGAACCCGGAGUCAAACGAGGAGGCCGCCAGCAACUUCGACUGGCUUGUAAAGUAUCUUCUGGACAGCGCCAACAUUUUCCCUGAAGCGGCGCGCAGCUUUUUCCCCUGGAAUGGGAUUUCGUUUUCGCGUGCCUUCGCCGCGAACAUUGAGAGCGCCCUGGCCCUCCCCGCAGAUCAGCAGGGCCUGCCAAAGUGGCUUUGGGAGGAUGAAGGACACAACCUGCGCAUUCAGCAGGGCUCGGAGGGUCGCUACCGGAACGAGUUCAUUCAGCAGAGACUUCUCGGGGCCGGUGGUUUUGCCCCUGUGUACGUCUGUCGGAAGAAGAUUGACGGCCGCCUGUACGCGAUUAAAAAGAUUGCAAUGUCAGAAGCGCAGUCUGAGAAAGUCGUGCGAGAAGUGCAGACCCUUUCUGCACUUAAUCACAAAAACAUCGUUCGCUACUAUGACGCGUGGGUCGAAGACGGGUGCGAUGAGGAGUUGCGCAAAUUCGUUGACACCGAUGCAGAGGACGAGGAAGAUGAGGAAAAAGAAAAGCGCGGCAAGAAAACGCUAGCAUCCCGUUCGGGUACUGCUGUCCGCGCUCCGUCGUCAUCGGAUACUGACAGCAGCUCUUCCCGCUAUUCGUCAUCAGUGGAGAAGUCCUGCAGCACGGAUACGAGUGAGGAUGACGACGAAUCCGAUGAAUCCUGCAGCGGUAGUGAUGGCGUACAAACCGAUGCCAAAAUGCACAAACCAGAGGCGAGGCGGUCGUUUAUGAAUUACCAGACACUUUACAUUCAGAUGGAGCUGUGCUCUGCCCGCUCACUUCGGCAUUUGAUUGAAGAAAGUGACUCCAGCGACUCUGGUGGCAUCUUCUCUUCUGCCAACGGAGAAAAGGUUGCUGUGUCGAUUCUCCGCCAGCUCCUCUCCGUCAUAGCUCACACGCAUCGGGAGCGCAUUGUUCAUCGGGAUCUGAAGCCUGACAACGUGCUGUUCGAAAUGGAGUCCAAUCAAAGCAGUGAAGCCGGGACAAUUCGCGUCGCAGACUUUGGCCUGGCGCGCGUGAUGAGCGGAGUAAAGCGCAUCACGAGCGUGCUAGACGUGGAUGAGACAAGCAUGUCGACAAACAUGGUCUCCGCAAGCCAUCCCACUGGCAACUGCGGAUCGGUGCUGUACUGCGCACCAGAGCAGGAGAAGGGUCUUGAGUACGAUUUCAAGGUUGAUGAAUUCAGCAUAGGAAUGAUCGCGUUUGAAAUGUGGCUUGCCAUAGCCGGAAAAGGCUUCCGCGAGCGUUUUACUAUUAUGGGCGAAGUCUGGCGCACUGGCAAGCUACCGCAGUGGUUUGUGCAGUGGAAUCCGACGAUGGCCGAGACUAUCGAGAAGCUACUGGAACCUGACCCACAUCGACGCACCACCUGCGAGGCUGUUUUGGGCACAGCUGAGCUUCCAGGUGACCCAGCUGAUCUGACGAGUGCGCUGGACACAGUGGACAGAUAUGGAGAGCGAAUAGUGGGACGCAUCAUUCAGAAGAUCCAGCGAAGCGGAUCUGAAUUUCGCAAGCCGUCUAGAGCAUUCCGCGAUGACAUGCAAUUUGUGGGGUCGUCUCAGUGCACGGAUGUGGUGCAAGCGGUUCAGGUGAUCGGCAUGCUGCACGGCGCCGUUCCCGUGGCGCUUUUUGACCCGACUGUGGCAAUGAAUCCCAAGCUGGCUGAGAUGAGUGUGGACUGUGUAGUAGACAGCAGCGGCCGCAGCUAUGCCUACUCCACUCUUCCAUACUUUGCGACAGCAUCGUUUCUUGGCAUGCAGGAAAACGUCUCCAUCGGCUCCUUUUAUCAAUUUUAUCAUCGUACUCGAUCCUACGUCAUCUUCACGUCCCCGGUGCCUCACUACGACAUAUUCAAUGAGUGCGUCCUGGAGCCGUUUCUAUCGCUAUGUCACCUGCUGGCGUUUACGGAAACAGCGGCAUCAGUCGAGGUGAUUGUGUCGCACGUCCACUGGCUAAAGACAGUGUUUCCCACCGAGAUCGGAACACGACCGCCGCCACCUGAGCUGUGUCAUAUUCGGAGUGAGAUCCACACGGCAGACCAAGUGGGGCACGCCAUCUCAAGCAUCACUGAGAACCUGUGUGCUGCCGGACUGCCUCUGUGCGACGAGCGCGAUGAGUACAUCAAAAAAUAUACAGUGGCAGUUCUCGACGUCAUAGACACGUUUGCGAAACAAAUGAAUACGCACCUCACUCUAAUUAUGGACCCGGCACUGCAGCCCAGCGACUUGCUCGUUGCGCGGAAAGCCCUGGAGACGGGCAUCAUUUUCGAGUGUCGCUCUACGCGCGGGGCGGUGCCUCUGGCCUUUGGCUGUUUUCUGGACAAUUUCACAGCCAAUUGCACCGUUGUCAACCCCGACAUUUCUGCUUUCUCCGUAGUCGUGGACGUGCAGCACCUCCUUGAUGUCGGCAAGCAUGUGCACGCGACUUGGCGUGAGAAUCUUCUAAUGGAUGGUGUAGCCGCAAAGCGACACGACUCGUACUCGCUCACACAACUUCCUCACGUUGUGGAAGCAGCGAUUCAGCUCUGGAAGGGAAACAUCCGUGCGUGCAUCCGCACCGACACGGACGCUCACGCACUGGUGCGGGUCCUGAAGGCGAAGCAGAUCAGGUGGCUACUCUUGGAUGGGAGGCGAAUCGUAGCGGCGUCAACGAAUCAGCAGAGUAAAGGGAACGGACACAGUGGCGACAUCGCGCUCGGUGACCUGCAGCAAGCCGUGCGUAGCCUCUCAGUAAAGGGGAAGUCGACAAGAAUUGCCAGCAUUAAUGUUCAGUUUCUUUCGGGAAAAAGUGAGAGUCGCGUAGCUGAUAAGACUGUAGAACUGUUCUCUACAAUGAUGACACCACCUCCGUCCACAGUUGUGGUGGUGAAUGCGGACGUGAAGCGCAUUCAAGAAUGCUUGGUGCAGUUUAAUGAGUCGGCGCCGGACUCGUCACUGGAGACCUUUGCAGAGCCCGCACUGGCCAGGUGGCUGAAAGCCAACGCUGCGACGUCGAGUGUGGUGCCUGUCUACUCCCUGACUGAGGGAAAGAUCGUCUUUUUUGUAAAUUACAAACGAUUCAAAGUCUCCAGCAAGAAGAAUGCGCCUCGCAACAAAAGCAGGCAGGACAGUAAACUGGGUCAUCCCAGCUUCGCUUCCGCCGAGUAA